UCCUGGACCUAGCUUCAAAAUCCUCUCAAGGCAGUUUGCAUCACUUUUACUUGUGCAACUUUUUUCUACCUGACCUUUUUUUACUUUCACUAAAUUUUCCUCCAACAUGCACGGAUAUAGCAAUCAGUAAACAACCAACUUCUUUAGCUGUGUCGUUGUACGACGUACCCUACUGCUAGAACAUGUCGGUGCCUUGCCGUUGGAACACCGUAACGCCAGCAGUCUUUUUCAUGUUUGUGAACAUGGCCAUAGCAUGAGAUUUCUGCAAUAAAAAUAUUUUUGAUUGGUUGAUUGUGUUUUCUGUGAAACAAAUGAUCAUCAAAGUUAAGAAAUAUGGGCACUUCAAAAAUAUGAAACGUCACAUAAUGAAUCUAUACAAUUUAUAGGUUUCGUCUUUGAAUUUACUUAUUGCAAAACAUGAACUUACAUUAACAUUACCAAUUAUUUUACAUUUUUUUGAGAUAGAUAAACCCCCUCAAAUCAUUAGCUGAACACAUAAAAAGGCCCUUUUUAUAGGAAACAAGUAAAACCACUAUUAGAAUGUAGCUUUAAUGUUCUGCAGCAAGGCUCUGUUAUCUAACCAUCCCUUCUGCAUCACGCGCCCCCAAACUUACUUUGAAAAAUGUCUCUGACCAACCAGAGGCCGCCUCUGCUUUAUGCAGGAUGUUUAUGUUAGGAGGUAUAGGUUCUCAGUUCCCUCCUUUUAACCCCCUCAGUGCAGACACACACACACACACACACACACACACACACACACACACACACACAAACACACACACACACACUUUCACUCUUUCUCAUUUACCUCCAUUUAAUACCCACGCCUGACGAGUGACACGGCAAAGCGCGGCUUUUGAAAUGAUUACAAAGCUAGACAGGGCACUAUUGCCCAGAAAAAAGUUCAUCUAUCAUUACAAGAACAUGCGCUGGGCAAGAGGUCGGUGUGAGACAUACCUCUGCUUUGUGGUGAAGAGGCGAGUGGGCCCAGACUCUCUGUCCUUUGACUUUGGACAUCUCCGCAACCGCAACCGCUGCCAUGUGGAGCUGUUGUUCCUCCGCUACAUAGGAGCUUUGUGCCCUGGCCUGUUUGGUUACGGAGUCACCGGUGAGAAAAAAGUCAGCUACUCCAUCACCUGGUUUUGCUCCUGGUCUCCCUGUGCAAACUGCUCCUUCCGACUGGCCCAGUUCCUCAACCAGACCCCCAACCUACGCCUCAGGAUCUUCGUGGCCCGGCUUUAUUUCUGUGACUUGGAGGACAGCCGUGAGAGAGAGGGUCUGAGGAUGUUGAAAAAAGCCGGCGUGCACAUCACUGUCAUGAGUUACAAAGAUUACUUUUAUUGCUGGCAGACCUUUGUGGCAAGGAAUCAAAGCAAGUUCAAGCCCUGGGACGGGCUGCAUCAAAACUAUAUCCGCCUAUCGAGGAAACUCAACCGCAUUCUUCAGCCCUGCGAGACAGAAGAUUUAAGAGAUGCGUUCAAGCUUCUUGGAUUGUGAAACAUUUUUGUGACCCUCUUCGGUGCUCCAAUUACGCCUAAAAAGAGAAUUGAUGUCAGUGUUGGUCAAUCACUACAGAAAACUGCAAAUCUGAGAAAUAAAAAAACUGAGAAAAAAAAAGCUUUAAAGAUGUAGCAAGGCUAGAGUUGGGCAGCUUCUGCUUGCUGUUUCUGUGGCUAAAAUGAAAAUGAUAAUAAACAAGGUACAGCUCUGUGUCACUAC